GCUCCGUCUCUCCUCUUCCGCAUCGCCUCCAUAAUUUUCUUUCCCCUCCUCUCCUCACCUCGAUCUCCUCCUCCUCCUCCUCCGCCGCACCGAGGGUUUCGCCUCCGCCUUCCACCGCUGCCGCAGAGGGGACGAACCGAGGGGCAGGAAUGGCGGCGCGGCACCUCAGAUCCGGCCUCCCCCUCCUCCGCGCCCACCUCUCCCAGGAGGGCUCAAGGGGCUUCGCGUCGCAGGUGGCAAAGCCGACCGGGAAGGAUAUCAAGGUUCCAGAAGCUCUGUAUGGUGGCACCGGCAACUAUGCUAGUGCUCUGUUCCUUACAGCGGCCAAAGCUAACUUGCUGGACAAAGUUGAAACUGAGAUUCGCGAUGUUGUAGAGGCAUCCAAGAAGAGUCCAUUGUUUUCUCAAUUCAUUAAGGACUUGUCAGUGCCCAAAGAGACCAGGGUGAAGGCAAUAACUGAAAUUUUCGCUGAAGCUGGUUUUUCAGAUGUCACAAAGAAUUUCUUGGCUGUGCUCGCCGACAAUGGCAGACUGAAGCACAUUGAUCGCAUUGCUGAGAGAUUUGUUGAUUUGACCAUGGCACAUAAGGGGGAGGUGAAGGUCCUUGUCAGGACAGUUAUUCCACUCCCCGAAAAAGAGGAGAAGGAACUUAAGGAGACCUUGCAAGAUAUUCUUGGGAAGAACAAAACUAUCUUGAUUGAACAGAAGAUUGACUACAGCAUCAUGGGAGGGCUAGUUAUUCAAUUUGGGCAGAAGGUGUUUGAUAUGUCGAUCAAGACUAGGGCGAAGCAAAUGGAGAUGUUCUUGAGGCAACCCCUUGAUAUCUAACUGCCUUUUGGAUCGAAAGAUGCAGUUGUUUUGCUGCUGAAGGCAUCCUCAUGUCUGUUACUUUGAUAUGGUCUUGAAAUAAAUCUUCGUUUACAAGAGAACAACACUCUGUUUUAUCUUGUUUUGUGUGCCAGAAGCCUGCUGAACAAUUUUAUGUCAAUUUCUUUGCUACUAAGAAAGUUAUGCACCAAAAUGAAGGGAAAUUCUGUGAAGUUUGUAAUUUUCAAGUGAUUGGCAUUAUUCUGUUUAGUUCGUGCAGUGCCA